AUGCAAUGGCUGCUGGAGGACUUGUUUGGGGCUGGAGGAGACAUGGGGCCUCUCUGGGACCAGCUAACACACGCCCUGGCCUGCAGACACUGUGGCAGCAGCUGCCUCCACAGCCCGGGAAGCCUGGUGACACUAUUCUUGUUCAUGGUCUGGCAGAUCCGGAGGUGGCACCAUCUUGGGAAGUGGCAACAGCUUCAGCCCUGGUGGUCUGGGGACAAGGUGCAAGGCAAGGGCCUAUCGCUUCUGCACCAUGUGGCUUUCCUGGAUUGCCUGUGGAAGCAUAAAUCAGAAGAGGAAGAGGAGGAGGAGGAGGAGGAGGAAGAGGAGGAGGAGGGGAUGGAGGAGAAGGAGGAGGAGGAGGAGGAGGAAGUGUCUCUAGACCCUGUGGAACCACGUUCUUCUGCCCAAGGAGCUUCCAUAGAAGAGCAAGUCACUACUGCCCCUCCUCAGCUAUCCUGUCGCUCAGUGGGCCUUCCCAAGGCCACAGGGACAUCAGAAAAAACAUUCACCCACCCCGUAAGUGCUUCAGGAUCCUUCCCCACCUUCCAGAUCCUAACCAACCUACCCCCAGAGCACAAGACCACAGCAGGAAGCCACUUGCCACAGAGGAAAAGCCAGCUCUUCUGGGGUCUGCCCUCUCUGCACAGCGAGUCUUUGGAGGCCAUUUUCCUGGACAGAAAUGGCUCCUCUCCUCUUAAGUUUUAUGUUUGUCCUUCUGUCUUCUUCAACAGGCUUGCCUUCCUGCCGAGGUAUAACUUGCUCCUUCCUCAGCAUCACUCCCCAACUCCGUUUCCCACUGAUGAAGCAUGUACUUUAGAUGUGGAAGGAACAGGCCCUGAUCCUCCCCUGCUUCCAUGUCCAUCCUCCCUUCCUGGCCCCUCAGCACCCCUCUGCCUUAUGCCCUUGGCUGUGGACCACAAGGGAAUCCUAUCCAGUGCUGAAGGGCAGACACCCCCAGAUAUUAUACUAGAGCCCCCUGGGGUUGGUCCCAGUGGGGGAUUAUUGAACUGCGAGGCUGGACAUGGGGAUAUGGGAGCGAAAAAGAACCCCUGGGAUUCCAUGUUCCCUGCUUGCGGCUUACCCCAAGGUCUACCAGGAGUCCUGUUUGACUACAAGCCUGGUGCAGGGGACAGGGGGCAGAAACAAAACCAUGUUCCUGUGGCCCCCGUUUGGGAUCCCAAACUACUCCCAAAGUCUGUUUCAAAGUACCAGAUAAGCAGUGCAUCUUUUGAAGAUCAAAGUAACUGUAAACCUGAGGGUGAGGUAGUGGAACAGAAUGAAAACAGCUGUGCCAUCCAGCUCCCAGCUCCCAGCUCCCACUCUGUCCCUCUGCCACUGUCACACACUGACCUUGAACCUGUAUGUGAAAAAGUGCAACCAAGAGAGGUCCCCCAGGACCCCAGCCCUCAGACAGUGGAUGCCUUGCAGUCCACAGUCUGGUCUCCCUCCACAGCUGAAGUGCUGAGGAUUGAGCCUCCUGAGCCUGGCUUUUCCAGCCAGGUUCCAGGGACCCAGGUGGAAGCCCCAACCUCCCAGGGAAUGGUGGUCCCACAGGUGCUCACUCAGAGCAACACCCAAGCCUGGCAAUGGAGUCGAGAGUUAGAACUCACCCUAAAGAAACUGCAGCAGAGCCCUGCUUCCAGAUCUCCUGGUCCAAGCGAACCAGGGUGCAGCUCUCCUGUCCCGAGCGCCACAACUCCAGACUCUCAAGGAUUCUUCUCCUACCCCCCAAGGCAGACUCGUCUCCCUGGGCUGUGCCCCAACUCUUCAAGUCAUCAUUCUCUAACAGAAGCUAAGAGCACAGCACUUCAACCUGUCCAGGCUUCCCCCAGCUUCUCCUCCCAGACUCAGUCACAAGGGUCUGACAAGGCAGAGCAAGGGCCCCACAGAGAGGAGAAAAUAAAGAGGAAGAUGGUGGCCCAGGUCUUGUCCCAGGGCCCAUGUGUUCAGAGGGAAGCUGGAUGGGACUGGCCAGGUCUGGGAAAACUCUCAAACCCAGUUCUGGCUUCAGGCAAAAGACAGGACCAAGCCUCAACCCUAACUCCAGCCAGAAAGAGAGAAGGCCCUAAAAAAUGUCAAGCAGGAGCGCAUGGAAGAGGAAGGAUGGGAUCAUCCACAGUCACAGCAAAGAGCCACCCUGUCCAGGCCCCAUGUGUACUGGAAGCCUCUGGGAACUCUCAGCACCAAAGCCAGAGACCACAACCCCCAACCCUUCCCCAGCAGCUCCCCACCAAGGCUGUGAGCAUCCAGUGCCUGAGAAGGGAUAUGCACAACCUUCACCAAAAAACUGGCUACCGAACAACCAAGCACUUCAUGCACAAUUACACUAUUACAAACCACAAGUACCAGGAGUGGACCUCCCGACUAAGGUCUCUCUUGGAAGAGGAACUUCCGAAAAGACUGGUUGGCUUUAACUAG